AUGGUGGGACAGUAAUCCAGCUAAAUCUGAUGUAACCAUAAUUAAAAUACAUUUUUUUCACAUUUAUAUUAUGUUUAUUUAUAAAUAGUACAACAUUUCAUUACCCUUUUAAGAGGAGAGAUGCAUGGUACCAGGUUAUAGCAAAAUAUGCUAAUUUCUACAGAUUGGUGGGAUCAAGUGUGAUUUAACAGAUUAUGACUUGAAGAAAAGCAAGUUUAGUAAAGUGAAAAUGAGUUUGGAAAAAUGUUUGAAUAAGUUAAACCUUUCUAAAACCUACUAUUACUACUACAAUAAUAAUAUUAAUAAUGAUGCUGUAGCUACAUUUUGCUUUUGAAAGACCAAUAGGUCUUGUUGUUAACAUGUGUUUAACUUAUUUAUCUUUUUUUAAAUUAGUUUUAUGUAUUACACAUCAAAAGCAUUUUUAGCCCCACAUCUUUGUCUCUUCUAUUUUCCAAGUUGUCGUUUUGGGUUUUGUUUUGUUUUUAAUUCAUAAAUGUCUACAAUCGAGUGUAAAACAAAGUAAAACUAUAAUUUGCAUAUAGAUAAGAUGCAUAAUAGAUGCAUUAUGUCAAAAAAACAUUUAAUUGCUGCUGUUACUGAUUAUGCUACACGCCCAUCUUCCUGGCACAAAUCUCUUUUAGCAUUUCAGCCACUAUGUGCACCAGUAGUCCAUCUAACUGUCCAAAUAUCUUAUUGAUACCAAGAUAAUUAAUGCAUGACACAUCAAAUAUAAAAUAUUUUUAUAUUUUUUUAUCCAUUACAAUAUUGCACGAACACAUAUUGAGAUGACAAAUGUUAUUUCAUAUUUUCUGUAGCUCUAAAAUGUAUAAAAAACAUAUACUGUGAGAGCAAGUUAUUGUUACUGAAAAUAUUGUUGGUUUUAUCAUAAAUCUUUGUGGUCCUCUGUGUUUAUUUUUUAUAUUUCUGCCAUUAAUUACUCACUAACAUCUUGAGUUUGCUCAAAUGAGAACGAUGUUAAAGAAAUCCAUCAAAAUGAUCCAGAUUUGUUUUCACAUUCUUGCCAAAUACCAUUAUUUAAGUAUUUUAAGAGUUUUUAUGUGCUUCACGUGUAAAAUAAAGUUGCUAUAUAAUCAGAAUAACUUCCUUUGUUGAUGUAGAGUCGCGAUGAACUCCUUAAGUUUCUACGGAACCACGGGCAGUGGCGUGUAUCCCUUCCACGGUGUGAACUCGGUGCUGUUCGACCUCCGCCACCAGGUGGCGCAGCAGUACCAGGCUUACCCCGCUGCUGCAGCUCCGGCGGCGCACACCUUCUCUGUGGCGGAGAGGCUCGCAGAGCUGAUCCUGGAGGCUCGCUAUGGCAACCAGCAGAAGCAGCGACGCAGCCGCACCGCAUUCACAGUGCCGCAGCUGCAGGCUCUGGAGGAGGCCUUCCAGCAGACGCAGUACCCAGAUGUCAGCAUGAGGGAGAGGCUGGCCAUGUGCAUCAACCUGCCUGAGGCGCGCAUUCAGGUGUGGUUCAAAAACAGGAGGGCAAAGUACCGUAAAGGCCAGAGAAGCUCCUCUCUUCCACGGGACUCCUGUCGGGACGAAACUCUGCAGAGCAGCAAAAAGUCACCGGAGGAAGUGAAGACAGAAGACAAACAGGACGUCAUCACAUCACACGCUGAAAGCCAAGCCUCUUCACGUUUCUGUCCUCGGUUCACUCCCACUGUGGAUAAAAACCAGGAUGCUAACCCUGACCUGUCGCGGUUUGCUCCUUCACUGCCGUCCGCGCCGCUUCUCUCCUUCUCGGCUGCAGAUCGUUUCUGUCGCCCGCCUCAGCAGCCGCUUCUGUCCGCUGAGUUUCCACUUCCUCCGUUGUUCUGGCCGCUCAUACAGCAACACUUCUCCAUCUCAGGGAAUCCUUCAUCUGCUACCAAAAAUGGCAGCCUCCCUCUUCAGACUAAUUGCUCCACUAAAGUGUUGGGCCAUCCUGACCUGUAGGAUUCAAACCCUCUGAACUCGUCUUGAAUUUGAUCCAUUUCACCUUGAAAUUACCAUCCAAUCUUCACUCAGAUUGGAUGAAGAACAUCUGUGAACAUAAUUUUAAAGUCUUGCAACAGAUUGUCAUUUGGAUUUAAGUCUGGACUGUGACUAGAACAGGGGUGUCCAAACUUUUUAGGCUGAGGUCCGAACUCCCCAAGCUGAAAGUAUCCAGGGGGGCCAAAAUUUUACUUUAUUUCAUUUCCACAAUUAAAAAUGCAAAAAUAUUAUUGUGAAUGCUUUCUCUUUUACCUACACAACAAUAAAUAAAACAUGUAAUAUUUUA